AUGGAGCUGGUGAUCUGGUUGGACAUGGCUGUUCUGCUUUCACUUUGGAGAUAUGUGGAGAGCACAGACGCUGGAGCAGUGGGUCAGUUUGAUUGGCCAAAAUUUUUUCCAGAAUGUGGUGGGUCCUCCCAGUCACCUGUCAAUGUGGACUCUUCACAUACUUGGUAUGACCCAUCACUUCCUCUUAUACAGAUAAUGGGAUACGACCAGUACGGCCAUGAACCCUUCACACUGUUUAAUAAUGGCCACACAGUGGUGAUGCCCUUGCCAAGUUGGAUGGGCAUUGGUGGGUUGCCAUGGCAAUUCAGCGCUGUCCAGCUUCACCUGCACUGGGGAAAUGGAGUGGCGGUCAGUAUAGGAAGUGAGCACACUAUUGAUGAACAAAGUUCUUCAGCAGAGCUCCAUAUAGUACACUACAAUUCUGAAUUGUAUUACAAUAUGUCUGAAGCUAAAACCCAUGAAAACGGCCUGGCUGUUCUCGCAGUGCUUGUAGAGGCGGGCGAGGACACCAAUCAGGCAUACGCUAAUAUCAUCAACUACCUGGGUCGCAUCAGACAUGCAGGUCAGAGUGUCUUCAUCCCUGCGUUUGACGUACGGACCCUGAUCCCAGCAGACCUGAGCCGUUAUUUCCGUUACAGUGGAUCACUCACCACUCCACCCUGCUACCAGAGUGUACUUUGGACCGUCUUCUCUGAGAAAGUCUUUAUCUCACACUCACAGUUACUGAAGUUGGAGACGUUGUUGUACUCCAGAUCAGGGUCGGCUGACCCCGCACCACUGCAGAACAACUACCGCACCACCCAACCGCUCAACAACAGGACCGUACUCUCCUCCUUCAUCCCGGAUUCAGAGAAGAUCUACACAGCUGGUGAAAUCUCAGCUAUUGUAAUAGGCUGUCUGUGUGGGUGUAUCGGCAUGGCUGCGAUUGUUUGCUUCAUCGUAAAGACAACUCGCGCAACGUCGAGCUGGGACGUCUUGCCUAGCGUCCAACCACCUCCCCAGUCCAGAACUAAAGAUGUGCCGAAAGACUUGGCCCUUAAGAUGACCCCUGACCCUGGUAAACCUGAAGAGUCCAUCCCACAGUCUGAACCUUUGACUUGAAAUUUGUACAGUACAUGCGAUAAACUAUCACAACCGUCUAUCAGCUCCAUCUCCUUAUUUGUGUGUGUUUGUUUUUGUAUAUGUCUGGGUGAAAUUAAAUGUAUGUAAAAUAUAUCUGUAUCACAGCAAUAAAAGAAGAG